CGUGCACUACAUGUAGUUACUAUUCGUUGACAGCCGAAAUUUAGACGGUAAAUUAAUCAUUGUUAUGGAUUCUAACACUACAAAACUUGUGCACUGACUGUUCCAAAAUCUGAUGUUUCAUCACGUCGACAUGGACGUUGGACGGUGGGUUUAAUGAUGACGAAACAACAAGUUUUAAGCAGUGCCUUUUCGUUUUCCCAGCCAGGCAAACUUUAAGUUUUUGCCACUCAGUCAAGGUUGGUUAUUCGCAAACGUCAAUGAAGAAUUUACACAUGCUACAGUUCAAUUUCACUACCAAUGAUGCACGCUCCUUUGCCCUUGCAUUUAUAAAGCAAAACACUAUGGAAUGAAAUUUUGUUUAGAAUAAGACAAUUCGGUUUCUUACAACCAAGCAAUAUUUCGUGAUCUUGUAAACUGAGUUAACCGACGGAAAAUCCUGGUCAUGCGGGUGUAUUUACACGGCGAAGUGAGCCAGCCCGGUCUGUGUGUGAGUCCGAGGGUACGUGAAGAGAGAUGGAAACGGUGCCCGGAUGCGGGGCUCAUGGACGGCAGUGUUCCUACCAUCGGGAACGGCGUGGCGAGCAUCACCGGAUUGGAGCCUGCAGUGUGGUUUAAGGUGCUGAUCGUUGAUGCAGUGUGUUUAGAUUUCGUCUCUAACAGCCUCUUGUGGACAACCUGCCGAUAUAAACUCUGCACCCAGAGGAUCAUGGGAGAUAACGGGUUCCAACGAUGCAAGCAUGCUCAUGAAUGUCUACUGAAUGAAGACUUCCACCUUCCUGAUGUGGAUCUUGACCGAGGUCUGGAGUUGGCUAAACACAUCUUAGUACGACAGAAGGAGGAUGACCUGGUCGACUUAUUGCACCUUCUACAUGUCUAUAUUCUACCAAUCAUAAGGCUGCAUUCAGAAGACAAGGAGCAUGUGACCGAGGCUUUAACCAAUCAGAAACUAGAGAUUAAAAAACUUGACACUGAGAUUGACCAGAUGUCAGACCAGAGAACAAAGAUCAGGGAAGAUAUGAAGAAAUGGAGGGAAGAUAUCUGCAAAGAUCUUCAAACGGAGAAGGCAAUUGUUUCAUGCAACACAGCCUUCUUGAAGCUUUUAUGCACACAUUUGGAAGUUGACAUCAGAAACUCUUAUGUAGAGCUCGAUUCGUGUCAGAAGAAAGUGGAGGAAGCCAAGUUGAAAGUUCUUAGAAAAGAAGGAGACAAUUAUAUAACUCAUCUAAAAAGAGUUCGAUCAAUAAGAGACCGGGUUGCAGAACGUAUUACCAAAUCAUUGUUUGUUGUUGAAGAAGUUGGUCUGAUGGUAAGAUUGAGCAAGUCACCGGAUAACCAAAAGUUAAAUGAGAUGCACACAGCAUACAUCAAAACACAGGAGGGAUGGGAAAGUUACACAAAAGAUUUGUCGGAAUUACAAAGGAAAAAGGUUUGUGCUACGAGUGUACGAGAAGCUUUGUUUACUACCGAGGCAGAGCUAAAAACUGGUGCUGAUACUACAGGCGUAGAGUACAUUUCAACAGGAACUGAACAGGCCACUGAUGUUUUGGGACCAAGUCAUCUUCCAUCUGGCUGGGAAACAUUGCAGAGCCAAGUUGUAAAGAGUUUAGAGUACAACCCUGUUAUAAGGCAACUGCAUUAUGACUUCAAUGUAUGGAUACGAAGAUUUUGUACGUCAGAACUGGAAGACCAACGCCAUGGAUCAAACUGGAUGGGAAAGAUACCGUGCACACAUGUUGAAGAUUCAUCUAAUGUUUCCUGUUUGAGAGUGUCACCGGACAAAUUCAGUCGAAUUCGGCAGACGAUCAAGGAGAGGAAGCCGUCAGCUCACUUCCAGGGUCUCACAAAGACUCUACAGAACGAAGUCUUCCUACACUUCCAGCAAGUUGUUGAUAAUUUAGUCCGAGAUGCUGCUGUGCCUUCAACAUGCUUUUCAAGACUGUGGACAAGUUAUGAGAGGUGCUUCUUUAGCAGAAGGGGUAGAGAUGUCCUAAGACUAUAUCAGCGAGCCUAUGCUUCAGAAACCAAAACACUCAAGGCCACUUUACCGGAAGUGACGGUGCGAGAUCUCGAGCUGGAUGAUGAAUGGAUUCUGAAUAUCCUCGGUCUUUACGCACCAGAUUUCAAAACUUCUUCAGUGACCCACGACUUUGAACAAUUAUCUGUCCAGCCACAAGUCGGAGAGGAGGUGAGAGAGAAAACAGAUGAUGAGGAAGCUGGCGAGAGCCGGCCUAGGGAGAGACUUGAAUCAGGGAUUGAUAUUCACGAUGAGGAAGGAGUAGUUCACAGAAGGAAAGUAUCAAGGACAUGGGGUCAGAGGUACUCCAAUCGCUACACCAAGAUCAUUGACUUAAUGUGGGUUGAAACCCAGGCAAAAUCAGAGCGAUCAUCCACCUGGAGUGGUAUUGAGCGAAGCAGUCGUGGGAGUUCUAGGUUGGAGGAUAGCGAUGCCCUGUCCAUGGCGACGUCAGCGCCCGAUGUGAAAUCACCGCGCGAAUCUAACCAGGAACCCUCAAUACCUAUUAAUAUCCCUAACACAAACAGUAAUGCCACGACAUUUACACCGAUCACUAGUCUGGUGGGGGAUUCCGGGGUGUGUCUGAACAAGGAGGGUGAAUCGGUGGAGACCACUGGAUACCACGAUCCGUUGGGGCAUUCGUGUCAAGAUAACCCAAACAUCCGUGUGUUUCUUGAGAGGUUCCAGACUGCGUACCAUUGCUUUCGGGUUGUAUUACAAGACACUGUUCCAAUGGCUAAGCUGCAGUGGCUGUAUCGAUGCAUUCAACAAGUCAAUUCAACUGCAGAAAAACAAUCUCAGCUCAUCUUCUGUGGUAAAUGUCGAAUGCUGAGUGGAGAUGACCUAUUGACCUCUCUCAUCUUAUUUCUCCUCCAUGGUGAUAUUGAUGAAGUUGCCAGCGGUUACCACCAGCUGAUGAUGCUUCAAGACUACCUUCCAGAUUUCUUAGACAAGGGACACUUUGGUUUUACAGUGCUGCAGUUCCUUUUGGCUUAUAGUUACAUACUGAGACAUGCUGAAAGAGAAAAAGGUAUUGAUCUGUAACAAAGACAUCCUGGAUACAGGGUUGUGUUUCUAUUAAUCAGGAACAAGUACGAUUAGCUUCCCUGGGUCGACCCCAAUCUGCCCCCGUUACGUUCGAAUUGCUUUGACGUAAUUCCAGGGGCUUACCUGGGUCAGACCCAAGUGCCCUGCUUGUGGAAUGGAUCACUUGGGGCGUGCCCGAGGUGCAUGACGUCACCAUGAGAGGGUGAG